UGGCGGAAACAUAUUUAUUUUUCGCAGCAAUAUCCCCGAAAUGUCCCAGUUUCCCAGACUGUGGCUUGGCCUCAUCCUCCUGGUAGUUGCCCACUCUGAAGUGGUCCAGAGCUAUGGACGAAACGUUUGUCCCGACAGGGUCUGGGUGACCUACACACGUUCAGUCUACAGAAGCAAACUAGUGCCGUACCAGGAACAUUCCUAUUGGCGAGGAUGGCAGACAAAAUAUCGCACCCAAUAUGGAUGGGAAGAUGAGGUGGACGAGAAAAUUGAAACCAAAUACUCCUGCUGUCGUGGCUACAAAGGUUCCGUCGACAACUGCAAACCCGUGUGCACAUCAGAUUGUCCUGCGAACGGCUUCUGUGCAGCUCCAAAUGAGUGCCGCUGCAAGGAGGGCUACGGCGGAACUGACUGCCAUCCUUUGUGUCCGUCGGGUUGCGGCAAGAACGCGGAGUGCGGCAGCCCCAAUCAGUGCAUCUGCCACAAGGGCUACGAGCGAGAGGCUUCCGGUGCAAGCUGCCUUCCCGUGUGCGCCGAAGGAUGCGGAGAUCACAGUUUCUGCGCGGCGCCAGCCAAGUGCGAGUGCCUGCCCGGCUACGAUGUGCUGGAAGAAGGCUCCGGUUGCCAGCCAGUCUGCAAGCCUGAGUGUGGGCCAAACAGCCGCUGCCAGGAGCCGGAUGUGUGCGCCUGCGUGGGAGGAUUCCAGGCGGAUAGCCAUGGCCAGUGCUCGCCCUUCUGCAAGCAGGCCUGUGGCAACCACAGCCUGUGCGUGAGGCCAGGAGUGUGCGAGUGCGAGGUUGGAUAUUCCCCGGAUAGCUCCGGUUGCCAGCCCAUUUGCUCUAGUUGUCCGGAGCACAGCAGCUGCUUACAGCCGGAUGUCUGCAUCUGCGAUCCAGGCUACGUCAUGAAAGGUGAUCGCUGCGAACCGCGGUGCACGCAGGAGUGCCCAGACUAUGCCCGCUGCGUGGCGCCCAACGAGUGCGAAUGCUAUCCGGGCUACGAGUCCACCGGUGAGGACCACAAGUGCCAGCCCAAGUGCAGCAAGGGAUGUCCCAACGGAUUCUGCUUCACGCCCGAAAAGUGCGUCUGCCUGAUCGGCCACUUGAUGGGUCCCGAUGACACCUGCGAGCCGCAGUGCAGUUUGCACUGCAUUCACGGCAGGUGCACUGCGCCGGAGACCUGCUCCUGUGAUCCGGGCUAUCGAUUCAAGGACGGGUCCCAGCAUGAGUGCGAGGCGAUCUGCGAGAGAGGCUGUCGCAACGGGGAUUGCGUGGCUCCGAACAUUUGCCUCUGCCACCAGGGCUACCAGCCGGAGGGCAAUAGCUCUAUUCCCUCCAUAUGCCAGCCCGUCUGUCAAACAGCCUGUGUGAACGGAACCUGCUCUGCUCCGGAUGAGUGCAGCUGCUUGGAAGGGCACAUCAAGUCCUCGGCCACCAUAUGCCAGCCCCACUGUUCCACGGACUGUGGGUUCGGAGAUUGUGUGGCCCCCGAGGAGUGCCGGUGCUGGCCGGGAUAUGAGUACACAGCCGAGGGCUGUAGCCUGCAGACCACGAGUACCUCUGAGACGCAUACCGACCUGACCGACAUCACAACCGCCACCAUAGAGGCCGAUGCAUCCAGUUCCAAGUCAUCAGCUGACUUGCUGCAACUCCCCCACUGGAACUGCACCGGGGAUUGCCUCUGCUGGGUGGAGUACUUCGAUGAGGGAAUACUGAGCACCGCCAAGUGUGCCAAGGUUUGUGCGGAUGACCAGGACAAGCCGUGCCUGAGUAUGACCCACUGUCACUGUGAUCUGGCCACUGGUCAGCUAGCUUGCACCGAGGACGGGGACGAGGAUUAUAGCUCCGAGGAGACGCGCUUUGUGUGCAAGGUGCCGAAGCCCAAGGAUACGAGGGCACAGGCCAUGGCCGAGGCCAGUGAUCAUGUAAAGACCACUACUUCGGCACCCAAAUGGCUUAUCCUAAUGGGCUGGUGUGCCGGAAUAGUCGUCAUAGCGACCAUUGCAGUCGCUGCCAUAAAAAUGUAUCGAAAAUCCACAUCCAGACGUAAUGAUGUGAUCACAGAAGGAAUCUACGAUCUAUUCCAGGUGCAACAUACUCUUAAAAAUAAAGUUAUUCACGAAUACUCAGGCGGAGUGAGAAGACCUGGAAACAACUCACUGGUAGCAAUCGGCCUGACAGACGCCAUCCUUCCGCUUGUAGCCCGGGGCACAGUCGCACUGGUUGUCCUCCUGGCAGAGGCCGCCCACUCCGCAGUCCGGGUCGCAGACGGGCUGGCAACCGACAUCCGUCAGCUGGUAGCCCUUGGCGCACCCACAGACCUCCGGCUCGGUGCAGUUGUGCCGCGGAUUGUUGCCACACCCGCUGCUGCAGAUGGGCCGGCAGAAGCGCCGCGUCUCGUCCAGCUUGUAUCCCGGGUCGCAUUGGCAGCUGCCAUCGAGGUAGCAGACUCCGUUCUGGCAUCCCAGUGGACAGGCGAAGACGCAAUCCCCGUUGUCGUUCUUCACAUAUCCCUCGUAGCAAUCGCACUCGCCGGGAGCCCGGCAGCUUCCGUUCCGGCAUCCGCACAGGGGCCGGCACGCAGUCACUCCCUUGUACCGACUGGCCGAGUACCCUGUACAGCAGACCUCGAUAUGGGACAGGCGCUUGGACUGGUCCGCCUGGAUGAGACUGGCGUGCGGAAAUCCGGGAUGUCGCCACUACUGCGCAGUCUGUGCAUCCACUCGCUCCUGCUUGUCCUCUCAGUCUGCCUGCUCCAGGCCCUGGAGCUCCAGUUGCACGAGCGGCAGCUGCAGCAGCAACAGGACGAGCAGCUCCGGAUGAAGGCGGAGCAGCGCCACCGGGAGCUGCAACGUGAGCUGGAGGCUCACCAGAGGCGCCUGUCCUCCACGACCACCAGUCGAAAGCCCUACAUCAUUCCCAACGGGCUGUCACUGCCCCGCCGAGGAGAGCAUCCGGAUAAGUGCUACCGGGAAGUGCCUGCUGUCUUCUUUCAGUACGACAAAGAGGUAAAGAUCGUGGGCAACAGCACCACUAAUCCCUAUUUCAACGUCAUUGAGGUGUGUUGCAAGGGCUGGCGGCGCUACGAGUAUGAUUGGAGCAGAUGCGUCCCCGAUUGUGGGGAGCACUGUCAAGAGAAUGGCUUCUGUGUCGCGGGAGGCCUCUGUCAGUGCUUCGAUGACUUUGUGUUGAACUACCGCAACAACUGUGUGCCCACCUGUCCGCUCGGUUGUCCCCACGGAAGGUGCUUCCUGAACGGCACCUGUCUGUGCGACAAGGGGUACGAGCUGGAUGGAUCCCGACGCUACUGCCAGCCACAGUGCAACACGACCUGUGGCCACAACGAGGUCUGCCUGGAGCCGGGCAAGUGCUCCUGCGCCGAGGGCUUUGCCCGCGGUCUGAGGGAGUCUUCGGCACUCGGAUGCCAGCCGGUUUGCAUUCCGGACUGUGGCUACGGUCACUGUGUGGGUCCCAACCAGUGCGAGUGCUUUCCGGGAUAUCAGAAGCGACUCAACGGUAGCUCUUGUGAAGGACACUGCUACAAACGCUGCGAGAACGGAUUCUGUGCAAACUUCACGACCUGUGUGUGUCAGAAUGGAUAUCGCUACGACGAGAAUACCACGAGUUGCCUGCCGGACUGUGGGGACACCUGCGAUAAUGGGGUCUGCAUCUCUCCGGGUAACUGUCGCUGCUUCAACGGCUACGUCCGGAAUCGGGAGCGCUGCGAUGCUGUCUGUGAGCGGGGAUGCGGCUUCUACGGCAAGUGCAUAGCUCCGGGUGUGUGCGGAUGCGCCGUGGUUCCGGGUCCAGAUCGCACAUACCAGAAGUGUGAGUUCGGGCUCUGCAACGCUGAGGGACGAUGCCGGUGCCAGGUGGGCAAGACGCGAUUCAUCGACAAGUGCAUGUCGCCGGACACGGUCACCACCUACGCAUCGAUGAAUCCCAUCCGGGUGAAUGCCUCGCUCAUCCAGGAGUUCAAUCUGCUCAUAGGGAGACAUUUUGUCUUGGGCGGCUCCGACCUCGUCCACAACUCCAUGUGCCUUAUCAUCACAGAUCUGAGCGAAAUGCACUUGACAUCCGCGCUACUUGGCCUACUUACCGUCUGCCUGGCCUCCAAUCUGGCCCAUCCCGUCACCGCCCAGUUCUGGAAGGCCGUGCCCCUGCCCGACUGGCACAGCGAUGUACUGGCCAAUCGCCCCUCCGGAAUCUGCUACGGGGACAUCAUGGUGGACACCAUCAAUCCGAACGCCAGGAGACGACAGAUCUCUUACUGCUGCAAUGGCUACCUCCGCAUGGGCAGCUCCGAGAAGCUAACGUGUCUACCGAUCUGCAGGGAGGAUUGCUCAAAUGGUCUCUGCAUCACGCCGGACAACUGCGAAUGUGCUCCUGGCUACUAUCGACAAAAUGGGAAAUCGCAACCAAGUGACAUCACCAUGAGCUCACCGACCCAGCUGCUGGCCCUGAGUGUUCUGCUGGCCAUCUGCUCCCUGGGCCAGGGCCAGUUCAAGACGGCAGGCAUCAAGACGCGUCAGCCUCCUUCGGGCAACCUGCAGUUAUCCGGAAACGCAAGUGAUUUCAACCAGAGCGCUUUCAACUGGAGCAGCUACAACCAGAGCACGUACGGCUGGAACAGCCAGAACCAGAGCAACUACGUCUGGAGUAACCACAACCAGGCUGGAUCCAAUUACGGAUCCAACAACUUUGUUCCGGCUGAAACAUACCAACCAUCCACCCUGCCGCCUCUUUACGGACACUAUGUCCAGCCGGUGACUGUUCCGCCUAAUCGCAGACCCCAAGUCCUCGACGAGACGGCGCUGUUCAUCAAUAAGACUCGAUCUGGGAUGGCCAGCGGCAUCUGUUUCAAGGAAGUUCCCACCGCCUCGCUCCUGCGUAACUCCCGCGACAAGUUCGUGGGCAAUGGAACCACUCCGGACAUGAGUCGCAUCGAGGUGUGCUGCGAGGGAUACGAGCGUAAUCCUCACAUCUACCGCCGCUGCGAACCCAUCUGUGCCGACGACUGUCCCAAUGGCAUCUGCACGGCGCCCAACACCUGCGUUUGCAUUCCCGGACACGUUCGCACCGCCGAAGGCAAAUGCAUCUCCACCUGCCCUCUGGGAUGUGGCAACGGGGUGUGCGACGAGGCCAACGAGUGCCGGUGCCGCGAGGGCUACUCGCUGGACCCGGAGACCCGCAAGUACUGCCAGCCGGUGUGCCGCCCAGGAUGCGCCUUUGGUCGCUGUGUCGCCCCCAACAAGUGCGCCUGCCUGGAGGGAUAUCGCCAAGCCGCUGAUGGUAGCUGCGAGCCGGUCUGCGAUAGCUGCGAGAACGGCAGGUGCACUGCUCCCGGUCACUGCACCUGCAAUGGGGGCUACCUCAAGCUCCAGGGUCGAUGUGAGCCUAUCUGUACGAUACCCUGCAAGAACGGACGCUGCAUUGCCCCGGACGUCUGCGAGUGCGCCUCCGGAUUUGAAUGGGACCGCAAGUUGGCCGAGUGCCAGCCCAAGUGCGACAUACCCUGCCUCAACGGCGUCUGCGUGGGCAACAAUCAGUGCAAAUGCAAGCCGGGUUACGUGAGAGACGAGCACCAGAGGAACAUCUGCCAGCCCCACUGCCCCCAGGGAUGCCUCAACGGCUUCUGCAGUGCUCCGAACUUCUGCAUUUGCAGGCCAGGAUUCACCAAGAGCGGCAUCAAGGGACGCCAGACCUGCCAGGCCACCUAAGCAACUGUCCUAAUACUUAACCUUGCAAUCUUUAUUUGUUUUGUCUCAGGUGAAAUUAAAGAGACGCCCAAUGAGGGCAUUGAACUCGUAA